AGUUUUCGUUCGUAUGCUUUCACCAGAAGAAAAAGAAACAGCGCAGCCUCCCUUCUUCUCUCGUCGCUCCUCAGGCGAUUCCCUAUUCCUCGUCGUUGAUUGCUCACCGCCGACUUCCAUCGUCAAAUACCGUCGCACCCACAGCACCGGAGACCGUCGCACACCACAAAUACGAUUCAUCUGUUCAUAACAGGAAAUACACAAUGUGUUCAUAACAAGAACAUGCAUAUUGCCAUAAUAUAAAAGGAAGCCCUUUUUGGUAAUUUUGCCAAACACCCGUGAUUCAUCGGCUUUCUCACCUCUGCCGCCGCCGGAACUACCAUCAACGUUACCGAAGCUCUGCAUCUAAAUCUAUUUGAUAAACUCUGCAACGAAACAAACGUUCACUUACUGUUUUUAGAAGUAUGAGGGUUAAGGUUAUUUCUCGCUCUGCAGAUGAUUUUACACGCGAGCGGAGUAAUGAUCUUCAGAGGGUUUCUCGAAACUACGACCCAAACCUUCGUACUCAAGAGAAGGCGGUGGAGUAUGUUAGAGCCCUUAAUGCAGCUAAAUUAGAUAAGGUAUUUGCAAGACCAUUUAUUGGAGCCAUGGAUGGGCAUAUAGACGCCAUCUCAUGUAUGGCAAAAAACCCUAGUCACCUGAAAGGUGUAUUUUCUGGUUCUAUGGAUGGAGAUAUUCGUUUAUGGGAUAUUGCUUCGAGGAAAACAAUUUGUCAAUAUCCUGGGCACCAAGGUGCAGUACGAGGUUUAACUGUAUCUACAGAUGGGGGUGUUCUUGUUUCAUGUGGAACGGAUUGCACUGUUAGACUGUGGAGGGUUCCUCUUUCAAGUGGCAUCGACUCAUCUGAUACCUCAGAAAAGUCAAUUGCAUCCUAUGUUUGGAAAAAUGCCUUCUGGGGUGUGGACCAUCAAUGGGAAGGUAAUCUUUUUGCCACAGCUGGUGCUCAAGUUGAUAUAUGGGACCACAAUAGGUCGCAGCCAGUUAACAGUUUCGAAUGGGGAAAUGAUACGGUUAUUUCUGUCCGAUUUAAUCCUGGGGAGCCAAAUAUACUUGCAACAUCUGGGAGUGAUCGGAGCAUAACAAUAUAUGAUCUUCGAACAUCUUCACCAGCAAGAAAACUUAUCAUGAGGACAAAAACAAAUUCUAUUGCUUGGAAUCCGAUGGAGCCCAUGAACUUCACAGCUGCAAAUGAAAAUUGCAAUUGUUACAGUUUUGAUGCAAGAAAACUAGAAGAAGCCAAGUGUGUGCAUAAAGAUCAUGUGUCUGCAGUUAUGGAUAUUGAUUACUCACCAACCGGUCGUGAAUUUGUAACUGGAUCUUAUGACAGAACAGUGAGGAUUUUUCAGUAUAACGGUGGACAUAGUAGGGAAAUCUAUCACACUAAGCGAAUGCAAAGGGUGUUUUGCGUGAAGUUUAGUGGUGAUGCAAGUUAUGUGAUCUCGGGUAGUGACGACACCAAUCUUAGACUUUGGAAAGCUAAAGCAUCAGAGCAACUCGGUGUUAUUCUUCCACGAGAACGUAAGAAGCAUGAAUAUAUGGAGGCUGUCAAGAAUCGUUACAAGCAUCUUCCUGAGGUCAAACGUAUAUUAAGGCAUAGGCACUUGCCAAAACCAAUAUACAAGGCAGGGUUGCUUAGGAGAACAAUGGCAGAUGCAGAAAAGAGGAAGGAAGACAGGAGGAGAGCUCACAGUGCCCCUGGAAGCAUGCCAAGAAAGUCUGUACGGAAAAACAGAAUCAUUCAAGAAAUCGAAUGA